UUUGCUGACCUCGUUGUCGUCGUAUAGAUUGGGCAAGCUCAAAUAAUACGACCCAACAAGGAAAUCAGUACUAACAGACAGCGACGCGUCCGGAAAUUCAGACCGGAGGCGCUAGCUGCAAGCCUGCGACACGCGGCAAGGAAAUUGCAGACAGCAAUGCGUACUUCAGUCGUACUCGUACCCCUCCCGUCCACACAAGAUUUAACUUGGCAACUGCACUGCUUCUUCGUCCAUCGGCACUUGUAGGGAACUAUUCCAGCUUGUAGCUCUGCGCAUGGGGAUGUUUCACUUGCUGCUGCCGAUCCUUCUCUUCCAUGGCCUCAUCCAUCGCGUGGCCAUGGGCGCCGCUGCUGAUGACGACCGCUUCGUCUUCUCCGGCUUCGCCGGCGCCAACCUCACCCUCGACGGCACGGCCACGAUCACUACGGACGGCCUCCUCGAGCUGACCAACGGCACGGUGCAGCUCAAAGGCCACGCGUUCUUCCCGGCUCCGUUCCGCCUGCGCGGGUCGCGCGGCGGCAGCGCGGUGCGGUCCUUCUCGGCCUCCUUCGCGUUCGGCAUCCUCACCACCUACCCGAACCUCAGCUGCCACGGCAUCGCCUUCGUCGUCGCGCCCAGCAGCAACUUCUCCGCCGCGCUGGCCGCGCAGUACAUGGGCCUCGCCAACAUCGACAACAACGGCAACGCCAGCAACCGCAUCUUCUCCGCCGAGCUCGACACCAUGCAGAACAUCGAGUUCGACGACAUUGACAACAACCACGUCGGCAUCAACAUCGACGGCCUCCGCUCUGUGCGGUCGCACGCCACCGGCUACUACGACGACGAUGGCGAGGGCGAGAACGGCGGCACCUUCCAUAGCAUGAGCCUCAUCAGCGGCGACGUGAUGCGGGCGUGGGUGGACUACGACGGAGAGGCCGCGCGGAUCGACGUCACCGUUGCCCCCUUGGAGAGGCCCAGGCCGUCAAGGCCCCUCGUCUCUGCAAGCUACAACCUCUCGGACGUGCUAACGGAGCCGGCGUACAUAGGCCUCUCCUCCGCAACCGGCCCGAUCAACUCGCGGCACUACAUUCUUGGCUGGAGCUUCGGCGUGGACGCGCCUGCUCCGGCCAUCGACAUCACCAAGCUGCCAAAGCUGCCUCGUCUUGGUCCCAAGUCACGAUCCAAGGCCCCGGAAAUCGCUGUGCCAAUUGCCAUUGCAGCAUUUCUACUGGCUCUCGGCGUGGUCGCGGCCCUCGUCGUGCGGAAGAGGCUGAGGUACACCGAGCUACGGGAAGACUGGGAGACGGAGUUCGGGCCGCACCGGUUCUCGUACAAGGAUCUGUUCCAUGCCACCGACGGGUUCGACGACAAGCGCCUACUCGGCGCAGGAGGGUUCGGCAGCGUGUACAAAGGAAUGCUUCGGACAUCGAAGCUGGAAGUUGCUGUGAAGAGAGUGUCCCACGAAUCGAGGCAGGGCAUCAAGGAGUUCGUCGCCGAGGUUGCCAGCGUUGGCCACAUCCGGCACCGCAACCUUGUGCGGUUACUCGGUUAUUGCCGGAGAAAAGGCGAGCUUCUCUUGGUGUAUGACUACAUGCCAAAUGGCAGUCUUGAUAAAUAUCUGCACUGCUAUGACGGCGGAGACAAGCAGGCAGUGAUGCUGAAUUGGGCUCACAGGUUUCAGAUCAUCAAAGGCGUUGCAUCUGGAUUGCUCUACCUCCACGAGAAGUGGGACAAAGUUGUCAUUCACCGGGACGUCAAAGCAAGCAACAUACUCCUCGACAAGGAAAUGAACGGGCGGCUAGGUGACUUUGGCCUCUCGCGGCUGUACGACCAUGGCACCGACCCCCAAACCACACAUAUGGUUGGCACCAUGGGGUACAUGGCCCCGGAGCUUGUGCGCACGGGCAAGGCGUCGCCUCUCACAGAUGUAUUUGCCUUCGGCACGUUCCUCCUCGAGGUUACAUGCGGGCAAAGGCCUAUCAGGGAAGACGACGCCGAAGGCGAUAGUAUUCUGUUGGUUGACUGGGUGCUCGAGCAUUGGCAUGGCGGGACACUCCUCGAGACGAUGGAUCCAACACUGCAAGAUGACUACAAUGUCGACGAGGUAUGCCUUGUGCUCAAGCUUGGGCUGCUGUGCUCACACCCGCACGCCAAUGCAAGGCCAAGAAUGCAACAGAUCAUGGAGUACCUUGACGGCGACACGCCGGUCCCGGAGUUGGCUUCAACGCAUCUGAGCUUCGGUGUGCUAGCCCUAAUGAAAAACAGUGGUUUUGACCCGCAUGUACUGGCAUAUCCUCAAUCUUCAGUGCUGAGCAUCGGCACUAUAUCUGAUCUAUCCGGAGGAAGAUGACGAUAUGACGACAUGUGCCGGCAUUUCUUGUGCUUGACUGGCACAUUUUUCUUUUCUUGUGCUUGACUGGCACAUUUUGUGAUGUAAAAAUAUGACUGUGUUAAAUCAGAGAGAUGCUUGCUGCAAA